AUGGACAUUCAACACGCCAGCCGAGAACUCUCCAUGCCACCAAGCGCGUACACUUCGACAGCAACACACUUUAACCCGCACCGCAAGACUCUUGCCCGCGCCUGGAAGGACUUCAUUUGGGACGGCUCGUCGCGGUCGAAGGGACCUGGCCGCGUCAGCCGCAAGGCGCUUUACACGAAAGAUCGUAAACUGAAAGACAGAACGCUUCAGCGCCGCUCGUCGCGCCUGAAACCGCUUCUUACAGACGCGAACAAGGAAGAGCGCGUUGCAUUUAGUCGCUUACACGUCCGAUGUGGAGCGGGGAACGUGCUAGCUCUGCUCUGCUAA